GGUCGUCUGCCUCCCCAUUGACUCACAUUGCUUCCUGCUCACGCGAAGGAAAUCAAUAGUAGAAAAGUGUAAAGUUUUAAAACCUACAUCUGUUGCACCGAUGCAACUAACGUCACAGAACUCAAAAUGAGACAUUGUAAGCGCAGCGCAUUGCUCGCGCUUGUGUUUGUUACAUUGUUGCAGUCGGUCUGCAGCGACUUUCAGACUCUCGCGCAUCUGAGAGCGAAGGCGAGCGAUAAAACCCAGUCCAGAGCUGUGGUGGACCUGCUCAGGAGACUGCUGGGCAACAGAUCUCGGGAUUUCAUCGUGUCAGUCAACAGGACUCUGUCUAAUGAAACUUUAGACGUGUGUGAGCUGCGAUCCGCGAAAAACAACAAGAUCAUAGCAGUGGGCAGCACGGGGGUCGCGGUGGCCACCGGGAUAUACAACUAUCUGAAAUACUUCUGCAACUGUCAUGUGUCCUGGUCUGGAGAUCAGUUAAAUCUGCCCCGACCCCUGCCUCCUCUCACCGGCGUCCUGCGCAUCAAAACACCGCACAGGUUCAGGUACUAUCAGAACGUGUGUACCCAGAGUUACUCCUCCGUGUGGUGGGAUUGGCCGAGGUGGCAAAGGGAGAUUGAUUGGAUGGCACUGAAUGGCAUAAAUCUUCCACUGGCAUUCACUGGACAGGAGGUGCUAUGGCAAGAGGUUUAUCUGUCUCUCGGUUUGAACCAGACUGAGAUGGAUCGCUUCUUCACAGGUCCAGCUUUCCUAGCGUGGAACCGCAUGGGAAACCUGUUUCAGUGGGGAGGACCACUUCCUCAGUCUUGGCAUGUCAAACAGCUCUACCUGCAGUUUAAAAUAUUGGACCGUAUGAGAUCUUUUGGGAUGAUACCUGUAUUGCCUGCUUUUUCAGGAAUAGUACCUGAAGGUAUUACCAGGUUGUUUCCCCAAGCAAACGUGACCAAGUUGAACCCCUGGAGCCAUUUUAACUGUACCUACUCCUGCGCCUACGUCCUGGACCCACGCGACCCGCUCUUCCAGCGAAUAGGAACGCUCUUUUUGACCCAGGUCAUUAAGGAGUUUGGAACAGACCACAUUUACAACACAGACACCUUUAAUGAGAUGAUCCCAGCCUCCUCAGACCCCACUUACCUGGCAUCUAUAAGCCGUGCCGUUUUCAGUACUAUGACUUCAGUGGACCCUCAAGCAAUUUGGCUGAUGCAGGGCUGGCUAUUUAUCAGUGACCCUUCGUUCUGGAAACCAGACCAGGUCAAGGCAUUGUUACACGGCGUCCCCCUGGGGCGCAUGAUUGUCCUGGAUCUCUUUGCUGAAUCCAUGCCUGUCUACUCUUCCACAAACUCCUUCUACGGCCAGCCGUUUAUCUGGUGCAUGCUUCACAAUUUUGGAGGGAAUAGCGGUCUGUUUGGAACGGUGGAGAGCAUUAACUCCGGCCCCUUCAAUGCCAUCCGCUUCCCGAAUUCAACCCUAGUGGGUUUGGGUUUGACCCCUGAAGGCAUCGAACAGAAUCCAGUUGUUUAUGAGCUCAUGACUGAGCUGGCCUGGCGCAAAGAACCUGUCAACCUUUCCAAAUGGGUAUCGCUGUAUGCCUUGCGGCGCUAUGGUACCAUGGAUGAGAACCUGACAGUGGCCUGGCAGCUCUUGUUUCAUAGCGUCUACAACUGCACUCUUCCAAAAUACAAGAACCACAACCGGAGUCCUUUGGUACAUCGGCCGUCCCUGCACAUGCAAACAGACAUUUGGUAUAAACCGGCUGACUUCUACAAGGCAUGGAAGCUUCUGUUCGAGGCAUCACCAGGGUUAGUCACUCUGGAAACCUUCCGGUAUGAUCUUGCGGACGUGACGCGACAAGCUCUCCAGCUUCUUACAACUGAAUUCUACAAGGAAAUACGGAAUGCUUUCCAGGCCCAAAAGCUUCCUGACCUCCUGAAUGCUGGUGGUGUGCUUGUCUACGAUCUCUUACCUGAACUGGACCGCCUCCUUUCCAGCAACGAACACUUCCUUUUGGGGGUGUGGCUUGAUCAGGCUCAGUCUCAGGGUGUGGACGAGCACGAGGCGCAGCUGUAUGAUAUCAAUGCACGAAAUCAGAUCACCCUAUGGGGACCCGAUGGGGAAAUCCUGGACUACGCCAGCAAGGAGUGGGGUGGUCUAGUGGAAGACUAUUAUUCACAGCGCUGGGGCUUGUUUGUUAAUACGCUAGUGGAGUGUCUGGACAGAGGAAGACCCUUCAAACAGGACGUGUUCAACCAGGCCGUGUUCCAGGUUGAGAAGGGGUUCGUCUACAACCAGAGGAAAUAUCCGUCCAAACCACUAGGCAACACAUAUGACAUUGCACGACGGAUCUUCCUCAAAUACUACCCAUAUGCGCUGAAAAGCCUAAAAUGAAGAGAACUUGAUGAGUUUGAUCCACAGAAAUCCACUAUAAAACAUUUAGGUAUCAAACUGAUAUGGUGGCCAACAAUGGUCAAAACACCAGCUUGCAUUUUAUUUAUCUUUUUACUUUUCUUUUAAAACGAUGCCUAAACUAUUAUGAGAGACUAAUAUGACAUUCUAAGAAGAUUUAGAAGUCUUGUAGAAACUUCUGAUUGCUUUUUAUAUAAGAUACUGAGGUUUAUUGCAUUAUGAAUGUGUUUUUGCAAAAG